AUGCAUAUUCCAGGGCGUGUAUUAACCCUCGCCGGGCUUGCCACUCUGGCAUCGGCUUCACCUCAGAUUCCGCUGCCGGCGGCCACCCCACAGUACGUAAACCGACCCGAGAGAGCCAACGCCGUGAAGGAGGCUUUCCAGCGCUCGUGGGACGGAUACCGCAAGUUCGCGUUACCAAACGAUACACUAAAACCCGUAUCCAACACGUCCCAGAACGACCGAAACGGCUGGGGUGCCAGUGCAGUGGAUGCCCUGAGUACUGCCAUCAUCAUGGAAAACAAGGAAAUUGUCGGCCAGAUUUUGGAGUUCGUGCCCACGAUCAAUUUCGACGUGACAAGUACCGAGGUCUCGGUGUUUGAAACAACCAUUCGAUACCUAGGCGGCCUGUUAUCGGGGCAUGACCUGCUCAAAGGACCACUCAAAGACGUCGCGGCGAACCAAACAGGCGUGGAUGCGCUGCUCACUCAGGCAAAGCGGCUCGCGGACAAUCUUAAAGUCGCUUUUGACACGCCCACUGGAGUACCGGACAACAUUCUCGUUUACGACCCGAAGCCACGUAGGAACGGUUCCGAGACCAAUGGCAUCGCCACCAUCGGGACUUUGGUACUGGAGUGGACUCGGCUUAGCGACCUGACCGGGGAUAAGCAAUACGGCGAGUUGUCGCAAAAGGGCGAGGCCUUUUUACUGAAGCCCAAUGAAGAGGUGUUCCCCGGUCUGCUGGGCACAGAUGUCUUCAUUUCCAACGGCACCUUUGCAGACCGUUCGGGAGGCUGGAACGGAGGAACGGACAGCUUCUACGAAUACCUCAUCAAGAUGUGGCUGUAUGACCAGAAUCGGUUUUCUCUCUACAGAGACAGAUGGAUUGCAGCCGCAGACUCGUCGAUCAAAUUUCUUGCUUCGAGCCCGACGACACGGCCCGACCUGACCUUCCUCGCCGCCUACAACAACGCGAAUCUGCGAUUCAUCAGCACCCAUCUUGCGUGUUUUGAUGGCGGCAACUUCAUUCUGGGAGGUCUUCUCCUCAAGGAGCAAAAGUAUGUAGAUUUUGGUAUCAAGCUGACGGAGGCCUGCCGCGAGACGUACAAGCAGACGGCGACUGGAAUCGGACCAGAAAUAUUCCGCUGGCAGGAUGAUCGGCCGCCAGUCAACAAGACGCUGAACCCCGACCCACCCGCCAAUCAGACCGAGUUCUACCAACGGGCCGGUUUCUGGAUCAGGGAAGGCGGAUCCGCUUAUGUCCUUCGUCCCGAGGUCAUUGAGAGCUACUACUAUGCCUACCGCGCGACGGGCGAUACCAAGUACCAAGACUGGGCUUGGGAUGCCUUCCUUGCCAUCAACAAGACCUGUAGUGUUGGCAGCGGAUUCUCGUCCAUCACGGAUGUUGACAACCCCAAGGGCGGAACGGCCGACGAUUUCCAGGAGAGCUUCUGGUUCGCCGAGGUGCUCAAGUACAGCUAUUUGAUCCAGGCUACGGAUGCCAAGGUCCAAGUAGAAGUGGCAGACAACAAGUGGGUGUUCAACACAGAGGCGCAUCCGUUCCAGAUCGCUUAG